AUGGGUCUCAUUCGCUCACGAAUCAUUGCGUACGGAACGUCAAGCAUGAGAAAUUGUUCGCUCUUUGCAGACAUCUUCGUCAGUGCCGUGGUUUGGGGACAAGCACAGGAGGUUCAUCGUGAUGUUCGUGAAUGGCUUCACAAGAACGUAUCGGAUGAUGUAGCGAAGCACUGUCGCAUCAUAUACGGAGGUUCGGUCAGCGCUGGAAACUGCAAAGAAUUAGGCAAGGAGAAAGAUAUAGAUGGAUUCUUGGUGGGCGGCGCCUCGUUAAAACCAGACUUUCUGCAGAUAAUCAGCGCCAGAUGUUAGGU